AUGUCCAUUUUCAGCCCCCCAAAGCAUCAGAAGCUCAUUCCCUUCAACAUCCCCGCCGUCAGCGGCCCCGAAAUAGAGUACAUCAACACCGCCAUCAAGAACGGCACCCUCACCAACGGCCGAUACACCCGUCAGUGCCAAUCCUGGCUACAACAACGCCUCUCCUGCGAAAAGGUCCUCCUAACACCCUCCUGCACCGCCGCCCUCGACCUCGCUGCACUAAUUCUCGACCUCAAACCCGGCGACGAAGUCAUCCUACCAAGCUACACUCACCCAUCAACCGCAAACGCAUUCCUCCUCCGGGGUGCCUCGUUGGUCUUUGUUGAUAUCAUCCCAGAGACCAUGACUAUCAACCCGACACAAGUCCGCGAGGCGGUAACAGAUUGCACGCGCGCGAUUGUUCCAGUCUGCUACGCCGGUUUCGCAUGUGGCAUGGACGAGAUUCUGGAGAUUGCGCGCGAACGCAGGAUAUACGUCGUCGAGGACGCGGCGCUGGGACUCUUCUCUACGUACCGAGACCAUGCGGCCGGGGCGAUGGGGCAUUUGGGGUGUAUUAGCUUCCAGGAGGGGGGGAAUAUCACGGCUGGGGGUCAGGGCGGUGCUCUCCUCGUUAAUGAUCCGGCGCUUGUCGAGCGCGCGGAGAUAAGCUGGAAUAAAGGCAUGAACCACGACGUGGCGUUUCGGAGUACGGAUGAACGUGUGGAUACGUGGCAGAUGGUCGGGGGAAGUUAUGCGAUUAGUGAGCUGCAGGCUGCGUAUCUAUGGGCCCAGCUGGAGGGCGCAGAGGGGAUUCAGAUACAGCGCCAUCGAAUCUGGAAUCUCUAUUGGAAGGAGUUGGAGGGGUUGGACGCACAGGGGAUUAUCCAGUUGCCGGCUUUGCCGCCGGAUCGGGAGCAUAACGCUCGGAUGUUCUGGAUUAAAGUCCGGGAUAUGGCGGAACGACGGGAGUUCAUGGAAUCGAUGAAGGGGAUUGGGAUUAGUGUGUUACCUCACUAUGGUCCUCUUCAUAAGAUAGGGCCUGGUAUGUAUCACAGGCAUGUUAUGGAUAGAGAUGCGGUGACUAGGGAGAGUGAGCGCCUCGUUCGCCUGCCGAUCUACUAUGUUAUGACUUUGGACGAUGCUCGAUUUGUGAUUGAUCAAAUCAGGCAGUUUUACUCUGCGGGAAAGGUAGUCUCGACAGGUAUAUAA